AUGGGUGUGGGGCCGACGAUCUAUGUCUUAAGGCUGUACCGAGGUGUGGUGUCCCUUGCGUGGAUAGUGGAUGCUGUGCAGAGGCUGGGGGAGAGUAGGGAUGAACAGAAAGGGGAUCUUCUGAGAGGGUUGCUAAUCGUGGUACUGAGAUCGUCAACCCUUGUCUGGGUUCUUUGGUUUGGUCUCAGGCUCUGGCUUUGUAGAGACAGACUGGGGCUUUUUGAUAGAUUCGUCUGUCUGAAUGGGGGUCCACCUGGAGUCACGAUCCUGUGUGAAGGAGAUCAAAACCUUGCCCUGAGCAAGAAUGUGGACUUGAGAAAGGGAAGAUCCGUGAGUGUCCGGGAAAGAAGCAAGGAGGGCAGGAGGAGGGGGCCCCCGAUAAGCCGGAGCGAUAGGAGGAAACAGUGGACGAUGGGCGAUCUCUUGCUUUGCCAGCGAGACACGACUGGUUACUGGAGGGAUGCUUGUCUUGUGUUCAAGACAACAACGGCCAGAAUCAUCAAUCGUUGCGGUUCAUCGGAAGCCCCGGCUAGAGGAAAUUCGAUAAAUCCAAUGAUCGGUCACUUGGAACUGAAGUCAUCUAGACAUUCGAUGAGUCCAGCCGAUUGGUCACCUGCGUUGCUCGCCACUGUUGAUUGGUGA